GGUGACCUCGACUUGCCCCCUCUGCCCCUUCCAUUCCCUCCCUGCUUUUUAAGUUUUGCUGGGUUUCUCUGUGUUUCCUACAGGAAGAUUGUAGGGAAGAUAGACGAGGAUGGAGAUGGGUUUGUGACAGUGGAGGAGCUCAAGGCCUGGAUCAAGUUUGCCCAAAAGCGCUGGAUUUACGAGGAUGUGGAGCGCCAAUGGAAGGGCCAUGACCUCAACGAGGACGGGCUUGUUUCCUGGGAGGAGUAUAAAAAUGCCACCUAUGGAUAUAUCCUGGACGAUCCAGACCCUGACGAUGGCUUCAACUACAAACAGAUGAUGGUGCGGGACGAGCGGCGCUUCAAGAUGGCAGACAAGGAUGGGGACCUGGCGGCCACCAAGGAGGAGUUCACGGCCUUCCUGCACCCCGAGGAGUAUGACUACAUGAAGGACAUCGUCGUGCAGGAAACCAUGGAGGACAUCGACAAGAACGGCGAUGGUUUCAUUGACCUGGAGGAGUACAUUGGUGACAUGUACAGCCAGGAUGGCGACGCCGAUGAGCCCGAGUGGGUGAAGACGGAGCGGGAACAGUUUGUAGAAUUCCGGGACAAGAACCGGGAUGGGAAGAUGGACAAGGAGGAGACCAAGGAUUGGAUUCUGCCCUCGGACUACGACCACGCCGAGGCUGAGGCCCGGCACCUCGUCUAUGAGUCCGACCAGGACAAGGNNGGGAAGCUGACACGGGAGGAGAUCGUGGACAAGUCAGACCUGUUCGUGGGCAGCCAGGCCACGGACUUUGGGGAGGCGCUGGUGCGGCACGACGAGUUCUAGGCUCGACGCCUGUUCGUGGGCUCCGUCCCUCGCCGAGGCCGCUCCGCCGCGGAGAAGCCCCAUCCCGGCUCCCGGGGCUCGGGAAAGCCACGCUCCCCAGGCACUUGGGGCUCGUCUCGUGGGUUUUCCCCGGAUUUUAAUGACUUUUGGGUUAUUUUUGUAUGUUUUGGUUUUACCACAUGUGGGAACGGCUCCCCUGGCGCGGGGGCAGCGACGGGGGCUGCCCAGGGCUGCGGGGCCGGGGGGGGAGUGGGAAAUUCACAGAGGGACUGGGAGUGGAAUUGCAGUUGGAAUAAAAAUUAGAAUUGGAAUUGGAAUUAAAGUUGAAAUUGAAAUUAAAAUUGGAAUUUGAAUUGGAUUGAAACUUGAAUUAAAAAUGGAAUUGGAAUUAAACAUUGAAAUCAAAAUCGAAAAUUGAAAUUGAAACGGAAUUAGAACCAAAGAAGUAAAAUUGAAUUAAAUGGAAACAUUGAUGUGAAAUUGGAAUAAAAAGUGAACAUUGAAAUGAAAAUUCGAACCCAAGAAAACCCUCAGCAGUGUCAGAGCAGCAGCAGGACUCAGAGGGUGACUCGGAGGUGACCCCAGGGAGGUUGGAGCCUCCUCCCCUGUCGCUGCCCCGUGGGAUCUGGGCAAGACCCUUCCCCCCAGCCCCGCUCCAAGUGCCUUGAACCCCCCAGACCUCUGGGGAAGGGCCUCAUCCCACCAUCCCAGCCCGCUCUGGGACAAUCCCCAGGGUUUUCUCUCUUCUGUGUUGUUUGUCCCCCUGCAGCCACCAGAGCUGUGUGGAAUUGGGCCCUGCUAUCUCCAAAUUCCCAAGUUUUCCUUUAAAUCCUUUCCCAAAGGUUUCCAAGGGCUGACUGGAUCCUCCCAUUUCCUUCUCCUCCUCCUCUUUCUACUCCUCCUUUUCCUCCCCUCCCUAAAUCCAGUGGUGAGUGGGUCGGGAAUGUGGCCCCGUGCAGGGUUUGGGGGGUGCUGGGGGUGAUCUGGGAACGUCGGGGUUGGUUUGGGACACCAGGGAUGAUUUGGGAUGGCAGAAGUGAUUUUUGGAACCCUGGGAAAGCCUCUGGUGCAGACACCCAGCCCAGCAGCAGCCCCUCUCCUAGCAUCCCCCCAUCCAGGAGGAUCUGGGGCCCUGUGACAACUCUGGACGUGGAUUUUUCCCCUCCUCCGGGUUUAUUCCUCGGUUUUCUCCUCGGGCUGACUGAAGGGAUCCAUUUGGUUGGAACUCAAUAAAUCUGUUCAGCCCCGACGGGGCCGGACCUCAA